AUGAUUAAGUGUUUGGAAGACCUACGGUCGGGAAUUGUUGAACCAUCUGCACUGGUGAGUGCUGAAAGAACAAAAAGAGCAUAUAAUCUUCAAUUAAGCAAGUACAGAGACAUUGAAAGUGUACAUUCGUCGGGUGUCAACUCCUUAGACUUAGAUGUUGUUGAAAAGCAUUAUCUUCUCUCUGGGUGUGCUGAUGGAACUGUUUAUAUUCAUGAUCUGUAUAAUUUUACGGGUCUCCCUCAGUACACAUCAAAAUUGAUUUGUAGUGUUGACAAGACUAGUAGAAGUGCUCACCAGUACAGUGUAGAAUGUGUGCAAUGGUAUCCAUUUGAUAAUGGACUAUUUGUGUCUAGUGGUAUGGACAAAAAAUUAAAAAUUUGGGAUGCAAACUGUCUGAAACCUGCAGAACAGAUUUGUCUGGAAGGUCGAAUAUUUCAGCAUCAUAUGUCUCCAAUUGGUUCCAAACAAUGUUUAGUGGCAGUUGCAAGUUCAGCUAGUGAAGUCAUUUUAGUUGACUUGAAGUCAGGUUGUUAUUCACAUGAAUUGCGUGGACAUUCAGGUUCGGUUUUGACUUGUCGUUGGUCACCAAGAGAAGAAAAUAUUGUGGCCACUGGUAGCUGUGACAAUAAAGUCAUUUUGUGGGAUGUGCGUUCAUCAAAGUGUUUUUUAAAAUCAUUUUGCUUGUAUAGCACAGAUAAUCAAUCUGGAAGUCAGUUGACAAGUACAGCUCAUGAUGGUUAUGUGAAUGGGUUGUGCUUUACUGCAGAUGGCUUGUUUCUACUUUCAUAUGGCACAGAUAAUAGAUUGCAAUUAUGGGAUGCCUACACAGGUGAAAAUCAAAUGGUGAAUUAUGGUGAUAUUCCUAAUAGAACAAAAAAAUGUGUUCAAUUUGCAGUUAGUGUAAAUACUAAUCCAAUCUUGGCAUAUGUUCCUUCAGAAGGUAACAUAUUUGUCUUCGAAUUACACACAGGACUCAAAGUAAAGACUUUACUUGGACAUUAUAGUUCAGUCAAUGGAUGUAUAUAUCACCCAUUCUUACAGGAAGUGUAUAGUGCCGGAAAUGAUAGAAAUAUCCUUUUAUGGAGUGCUGAUACACAGGGACUAAUAUAUGAUGAACACACGAAAUCUCAAGUGCCUGUGAAGUCAGAUUCCUUGAGAUCUGUUUAUUACAAGAAAAAUGUAACCCUUGAUACAUGGAGUAGUGAUGAAGAUAGUUAG